AUGGCAUGCAGAAAAUUGGGUACCACAAAAGAACGCUUAGCAUUUAUACUUUUAAAUCAUUAUCUUGAUUUAUGUGAUGCAAUUGAUGAUCAAAAUCCAUCAGCUAUUGAUUGCUCCAUUUUUGAUGGCACUGAUAUACCACAACAAAUAUUACUUCCUGCAACAAAAUAUACAUCUGAUGAUGAAUAUGAAGAAGUAAAAGAAUGGGUGUUAGCAAUUUCGAUGGAGCAAAGUAUAGAACGAAAUUUACCCUAUGAUAAUGAUGGUAAUUUUGAAGUAAGCUUAUUUGAUGCAAAUGGUAUAUCUCAUCCAGCAUGUCUUAUUUCAGGUUAUCCAACAUAUGGAAAUGUUAAAGAAUUUGGAUCAUCUGGUAGAGUAGCCGAUCGUGAUACAUGGAGUUGUUUCAUUAUGGCACAAAAGACAAAAUCAACUGAAAAUAUAAGCGAUGUAUUACAAUUUAUAGCAAAAUGGACACAAACAACAGCAUCAUUAUCAUUGUAA